ACUGAGAGCUAACUGAUGAAUCUGGACUUCUCUGAGCACAUCUGUGUGCUCCCUAAUAGGCUCUGACUCUAGAAACUGCAGCAGCAUGUGUUAGGACUGGCCUUCGGCUUUACCACAGCCGGCACUUCUGCUAUAAACUAGGUGUCUUCUUUGACCAAGAUGUUAAUUUCUGCAUUACUUAUCUUCCAGGCUUGCUAAGAAGAUAAGAGAAGUGAAAUUACUUAGCUUUGAUUAGGGAUUGUGGUUUUUUUCUGUCACUCUGACCACACUCUACUAGAUUCUGACGACAGUUUUGCAUCAGGUUUUGAGGGGGGGGAAAAAGAGAGGAAUUCACUCUCAGGGAUCUGUUAACCUCUAGAGUACUAGCCCUGCCCACACCGAGUAGGGAGGUGCUGCUUUUUCAACUUCUCCGUUGCUAAAUCUGUGACUCAUUUAGUGAAACCUAAGGAACCAUACCUGAAGAAGAAAAGCAAGACAUUUUUAAGAAGCAGUUUAAAAUUUCUCUUGCUGAUAAUGUGCUUUUUUCCUCCUGGCCUUCUUAGAAUCCACGAAGUAUAAGAAGCUUGCCUUUUUUUUUUUUUUUUUUUUUAGUUUCACUUUCAGGAUUGCAGCAGGAAAUGUACCAUGCUUCCCUGGUGAAAACGACUGGAUUUGGACUAAUGAAAAAAAGGAACAGUCAGCUGUUAUCAGAGUACAUGAAGAGGAGGGAAUCAUGAGCCAGAGUUCGCCUUAUAUCUAUUCCUUUUUGGGGCUGUUGCCCUUUUGGAUACUGUGUACAUCCUCUACCAACAAAUGUGUUGUUAGGCAUGAAGCAGCUGACUGCAGUCAUCUGAAGUUGACACAAGUGCCCGAUGACCUCCCAGCAAACAUAACGGUGUUGAAUCUCACCCAUAAUCAGCUCAGAAGAUUACCACCUGACAACUUUACAAGAUACAGCCAACUUACUACCUUGGAUGGAGGAUUUAACUCCAUCUCAAAACUGGAGCCAGAAUUGUGCCAAAAACUCCCCUUGUUGGAAAUUUUGAACCUCGAACACAAUGAACUAUCUCGCCUUUCAGAGCGAACUUUUAUCUUCUGCGUGAAUUUGAUGGAACUCCAUCUAAGGUCCAAUUCAAUCCAGAAAAUUGAAAACGAUCCCUUUCAAAACCUGAAGAAUUUAAUCAAAUUAGAUCUAUCUCAUAAUGGUUUGUCAUCUACCAAAUUAGGAAGUCAGCUCCAACUGGAAAAUCUCCAAGAGCUCCUGUUAUCAAAUAAUAAAAUUAACAUCCUGAGACGUGAAGGACUGGAUUUCCUUGGCAAUUCUUCUUUGAAGAAAUUAGAAUUGUCAUCAAAUCCAAUUAAAGAGUUCUCUCCAGGGUGUUUUCAUGCAAUUGGAAAAUUAUUUGGCCUCUCUCUGAACAAUGCUCAACUGAACCCCAACCUCACAGAGCAGCUUUGUUUAGAACUGCCGAACACAAGCAUUCAGAAUCUAUCCCUGAGCAACACCCAGCUGUACAGAACGAGCAAUAUGACUUUCGUUGGGCUCAAGCACACAAAUCUCACCGUGCUCGAUCUUUCCCACAACAACUUAAAUGUGAUUGAUAAUGGUUCCUUCGUUUGGCUUCCACAUCUAGAAUAUUUCUUCCUGGGGUAUAAUAAUAUAGAACACUUAUUUUCUCACUCCUUUUAUGGGCUUCUCAGUGUGAGAUACUUGGAUUUGAGACGAUCUUUCACCAAACAAAGCACUGCCCUUGCUUCGCGUCCCAAGAUCGAUGAUUUUUCCUUUCAGUGGCUAAAACGUUUGGAGUAUCUUAACAUGGGAGACAACAACUUCCCAGGCAUAAAAAGCAAUAUGUUCACGGGACUGAUAAAGCUGAAGCACUUAAGUCUAUCCGACUCCUUCACAAGCUUGCGAACUUUAACAAAUGAAACAUUUUUGUCACUUGCUCAGUCUCCUUUGGUCACGCUCAACCUAACCAAAAACAAAAUCUCAAAAAUAGAGAGUGACGCUUUUUCUUGUCUGGGCCACCUUCAGGUACUCGACCUUGGCCUUAAUGAAAUUGGGCAAGAGCUCACAGGCCAAGAAUGGAGAGGUCUAGGAAAUAUCAUUGAAAUCUACCUUUCCUACAACAAAUACCUACAACUGACUCCUGGGUCUUUUGCCCUGGUUCCAAGCCUCCAACGCCUGAUGCUCCGCAGAGUGGCCCUGAGAAAUGUGGACAGUUCUCCUUCACCUUUUCAGUCUCUUCGCCACUUGGUCAUUCUGGAUCUAAGCAACAACAAUAUAGCCAACAUAAACGAUAAACUGUUGGAGGGUCUUGAGAAACUAGAAAUUCUGGAAUUGCAGCACAACAACUUAGCACGGCUAUGGAAACGUGCAAACCCGAGUGGUCCUGUUUAUUUUCUAAAGGGUCUUUCUCGCCUCCACAUUCUUAACUUAGAGUCUAAUGGCUUUGAUGAGAUCCCAGCAGAGGUAUUCAAGGGCUUAUCUGAAUUAAAGAGCAUUGAUUUAGGAUUGAAUAAUUUAAACAUAUUUCCGCUCUCUGUCUUUGAUGAUCAGGCAUCUCUAAAGUCACUGAACCUUCAGAAGAAUCUCAUAACGUCAGUUGAGAAGGAUGUUUUUGGGCCAGCCUUCAGGAACCUGAGUAAUUUAGAUAUGAGCUUUAACCCAUUUGAUUGUACCUGUGAAAGUAUUGCCUGGUUUGUUAAUUGGAUUAAUAGUACCCAUACCAACAUCUCUGACCUGUCAAGCCAUUACCUCUGUAAUACUCCACCUCAAUAUCAUGGUUUCCCGGUGAUGCUUUUUGAUAUAUCAGCCUGCAAAGACAGUGCCCCCUUUGAACUCUUUUUCAUCAUAAAUACCAGUAUCCUUUUGAUUUUUAUCUUUACCGUAUUGCUCAUCCAUUUUGAAGGCUGGAGGAUAUCUUUUUAUUGGAAUGUUUCAGUGCAUCGAGUUCUUGGUUUCAAAGAAAUAGACAGACAGCCAGAGCAGUUUGAAUAUGCAGCAUAUAUCAUUCAUGCCUAUAAAGAUAGGGAUUGGGUCUGGGAGAACUUCUCUCCGAUGGAAGAAAAAGAUCAAACUCUCAGAUUUUGUCUCGAAGAAAGGGACUUUGAGGCAGGUGUCCUUGAACUUGAAUCAAUUGUUAAUAGCAUCAAAAGGAGCAGAAAAACUAUUUUCGUUAUAACGCAGCAUCUAUUAAAAGAUCCAUUAUGUAAAAGAUUCAAGGUGCACCAGGCAGUUCAGCAAGCUGUGGAACAAAAUCUGGAUUCCAUUAUAUUGAUCUUUCUUGAGGAUAUUCCAGAUUAUAAACUGAACCAUGCACUCUGUUUGCGACGAGGGAUGUUUAAAUCUCACUGCAUCUUGAACUGGCCAGUUCAGAAAGAACGGGUAAAUGCCUUUCAUCAUAAAUUGCAAGUAGCCCUUGGAUCCAGAAAUUCAAUACAUUAAAUUUAUUUAAAGACUAAGUUAACAAAGGCGUAACUUUCCCCCACUUAAAGAGUUUCAUAGUAAAUUUAGGUUUUAUUUGAAAAUAAUAUAUAUCUGUUUAUUCAGACUUAGUGUUAUACCACAAGUCUAUGUUUUGUAUCUCCCUAUUUCAGACCUUUUACUGCCAGUUGAGUUCAUUGGCCCCAGAAUAAACAUACAAGCAGUAUACGUAGCAUAUAAGCAGCACGUAGCUAGGAUUCUACUCAUGAAGAUAUAAUUGGUUACUGAGGUCUACAACUUAAGAAAGUUUUAAAAUAUUCCUCAUUUAAAGAAAAGUUAGAAUUAUGGGAAGGUUUCUGAUAAUUACCUUUGGAGUUUUUUUGGAUGCACUCAUAGGAGAAUAAGAGAUCAUUGUUUUAGUGGGCACAAUGCUAUUUCGACUGUAAAAGAGUAAAAUAUAUAUCCUAAUUUUUAAAAGCUUCAUCACAGGAUUUUUUUUUUUUUCAGUUAGAAAGCUUUCAUGUUAGUGGUGCCCACUUCAGUGUUGAUUUUGUUAAGUGUUAAAUUCCAUUUGAACCUACAGACUCAUGGUCAGAAAACGUUUGUAAUUCAUUUUCAUUACUUACUUAAAAUACAUAUUUUAAUAAAUCCUUAUUUUCCCUGAUACUUGGGUUUCUGCUGUAGGUGUUAGAAGAAACAAUUCUCUUACUUAAAAGUAUUACAGGAAACAAAAAAAGUAUUAUAGAAAGGCUUGCUUCCUGAAGGUUAAUUAGUAGAUUAGCUUUGUGGUUGUAAAAUAUUGUUUUCUCUUGGCCACAGACUCAGGAGAUGGUCCUGGUCGGAUCAUUUGGUCCUACUGGGACUCUUUGACUCCUGAUCUUGGAAAUUAUGGUGUUGAACAAAAUCUUUAAUAAUCCUAUAUAAUUAGCGAUGAUGACCAUGGUAUAAUACAUUCACGUGAAACGUAUUAUCAUGUCAUAAAAUAGCGUGCUAUGUAUACAUUAGUCCUUCUCUAGAAAGACUAUUAUUUAAAAUUUUAUUUUUGCUUUUACAAUGGAAAGAAUCUAAUUAUUGAAAAUAGACAUGAAUAGCAUUUUAAAACCUUUAUAGUUCUGGUGUUCAAAUAAAGAGAGUGUUGAAAUCAUGAAGCUGGGUUAAUUUCUAUAUUAGAAGCACCGGUUUGGUAAGUUUAGGGAGAAUCGGAGGUGUCACAGUUUGGAACUUUGAUUAAAAUAGUAUUGUAUCCUCGGGGCUAAGUCCACAGAAUCCUGGAAAAAGCGAUACUCCCUGUACUGCCGGUUCUGAAAGAGUCUACAGUCUCUCAACAGUGUGAAUGUGUGGAGGACUCAUUUUCACUUCUGUGUUACACAGCAUCCUUGCACACGAGACGCUCCUUCGAUAGCGUUUUUGCUAAGGCGUGCUUUCCGCCUGUGAAAUGAUCUCGUUUUAUUUUGGCAUUGUAAAAUAAAAAUAAAAGAAAGAAAGAAAAGACAGAUUAAAUUAAACUUUUAUGAUGGCAAAAUAAAGCCCACAGCCACAGUUUUUCCUGACGUGCUUUGUGUGUCAUUUAUGUCUCGAUAGUCCCAAUGUUAGUCCAAUAUUUCUAAGUAAUGGAUAUUCCAUCGGUCUACAAAAAGCAGGGCAGGAAGUAAUUUUGCUUUUAUCCCCUUAUUUGCUUAUAAGAUAGCUGAUCAAAUGGCCACAAUUUAAAUUGAGUUCAAGUGUAAUCUUCUAAAGUUGCUUAAUAUUUAAGAAGAUACACAAGGGAUGACCCUUGAACUGAAUACAAGUAAAGCUAAUCAACGGUGUCCGCGUUGACUUGUAUUUGGUCUACACAGGAAGAAACAUCCUGAACCUUCGGCAAGCUGUCCUUUAUGAUUGUUCUCUGGAGGAGUCCUUAUCCCUGGGGUCCAAAACAAGGGAAGUGCAGAAAAGGAUAUUUGUCUGACCUGUUGAACUUCCACAAGUGAAGUGACGUGUUUGAAAGCUCUCAGGGUACCGUCAUGUUAUCUGUUCACUCCAUCUCCUUCUUGCUGUUUUUCAAAACACAUUCCAGCUGAAUCAACAUUGAGUUUAAAACAAAUCCAGGUACUUAGAUUUUACCUAAAAAUGACACCUUUUUGAUUGUAAUAAGAAGUGAAUACUCUCACCUUGUUAGUGAGGAGGAGGGAUUUUCGAUGUCAUGUAUUUAACAAGCUCUUAAUUAUUCAGAUGUCUACCUUAGGUGAUUUGUAAAGGGGACUCAACAGUAAGUGAUGGUCACGAUGUGUCAAUCAAGAGUUUAAAAAAUAUUUCUUGAAAUCUCUAGAGGCAGAAAGCAGACUAGUGGUUGUCUGGACCUAGGGAUGGGAAGGGGGAGUAAAUAAAGGUUGUGUAAGAGAUCUUUUCGGGGUGAGGAGAAUGCUCUAAAAAUGGAUGGUGUCAAUGAUUGUACAACCAGGUAAGUUUUUACUAAGAACCAUUGAAUCAUAUACUUAAAGCAGGUGAAUUUUAUAGUAUGUAAAUUAUAUAUCAAUAAAGCUGUUAGAAAAAUAGUAUUCAUGGAGCAACCACGUGAACCUAGCCCUGUGCCAAACGUGAUGGGGCACACAGGAUGUGAGCUACAUUGUAGAAAAUGGCGCAAGAAGAGUUCGGGUAGGAAGGGACUAUCAAAGAUGGACCUGAACAAAAGGCUCCAUGGAAGAUCAGACCUUUCAAAGAUGGGUAGGAUUUUGUUGAGUGAGGAGCAAGAUGGGGGAAUGAACAGUAAGAUGAAAGGGAGGGAGGCGUGAUCUUGGUGUUGGGAGGUCACAGGAUGCUGCUGAGGAUGGAACCAUGGUACAGAGAACGUGGCAGAGGAAUUUAGACUGAAGGAGUCAGGUGUCUUGAGAUUGUAACUUGAUGGGUUUCAAAUGGCAACACCAGAAGUUAUAAUAAAACUCUCCCCUGGAAUCUAUGACUUAGAUUUAUGUGGCAGCUAGUUGAAUAGAGAGUGUAACUUCUAACUUUACAGUCCAAACAGUCAGG